GGACGCUAGUGGCAUGGUGACGCGGCGCUGGAGAGAAAUGCGGCCGAAUUCGCGACGAUUCAUUUGACACAAUGCCGGUUCAUCGGCACUACCCGUCUACCUAUACCCUUAGAGGCGUCUUCACAGGUGCGUAAGCGCAGGUAAAGCCUCCGCCCCGCACCCCCGCGGCGCCCACUCACCGGCCAUCUUGAAUUCCGUUCACUCCGGCUCGCGACUCGCGCCCGCCGCACGUUCAAGCAACGACCGCUCAAACUUUACAAAUUUUAGUGUAUUUAAGUGUUCAUAAGUGUCAUGUGAUAGUGCAGUGUUUGAAAUGGAGUCCACUCCGAUCUGUCGGUGCCGUGUUUUGUACCUUGGCUCAGCGGUGCCGCAGCAGAGUAAGGACGGCUUGCAAGGCAUCCAGGAACCUUUACGCGAAUUGUAUCCGGAAAAGGGAGCGACAACUGGCGGCAUAGACUCGUGGCUUUCAGUGUGGUCAAAUGGAAUUUUGCUAGAGAAUGUCGAUGAGAGCGGCUCGAGAGUGUCGCGAUUUUUUCCCAUAUCGAGCCUUCAUUAUUGCGCAGCCGUGAGACGUGUCAGUGUUGAGGGUGCGCCGAGAUUUUUACCUUUAGACUCUCCGUUCGCUAGAGCGCCAGCGGCAAGGCGACCUCCUUUAUUCGCAGCUGUUUUGCGCCGCACUCAAGGAAUCAAAGUUCUCGAAUGUCACGCCUUUAUCUGCAGGCGUGAGGCGGCAGCCAAUGCUCUAGUACGUUGUUGUUUUCACGCGUAUGCAGAUAGUUCAUAUGCUAAGCGCUUAGAAGCAGAGCGAUCACCUUCACAACUGCCAGAGCCAGAUGAAGAGGUUGAGGUUUAUGACGGGGAUGAAAAUCAUAAAGUUUGGAUCGGAGAAGUAGAGAGAGAUGACGCGAGCGACGAGAUUCCACAUCCGGCUCGUGCACCUCGACCUCGCCAGAUAACCCGGCCGGCCUCUGUACCACCUCCGCCCCCGCCGCCUGAAGAGCCUAAGAAGAAGGGUACAACAAAAAAAUCAAAAAAGAAAUCCUCAGCAUCGGCAGAUGAGUUAUAUUCGACUCUGCCAGGUCCGGCGCCCAUGAUGAAUGGUAGAUCAUUAGGUCGAGCCCCUCCAGCGUGGGCAGCGGCUCAUCCUAUGGUGUUGGUAGCGCAUCCUGCUGCAACUUUGCCACAUGCGCGGCCAGCUACUCUUGGGCACAGAGGUCGUGUCCCGGCUGCUUUAGCUCCAGGUCCCUAUGGCCCAGUUCCUCCGGGAAGAGGAAGAAUUCAAUACGCGACCGUCGACCCAAGACGCUCAAAACCGCAGCCGCCUGCUCUCAAAGCUGCUCAAAGUAUGACGACUUUGGAAGCUGUUGAAGACGCCGGCGGCAUAUACAGAAAAAAAGGUCAUAUGAACGAGCGUGCUUUUUCUUACAGUAUAAGACAAGAGCACAGAAGUCGAUCGCAUGGAUCUCUAGCAAACCUUAAAUUCGCUGCUCCACCAGAGGUGGAGACAGGUCGUGAAGAAUUGAAAAAGGAGCGAGAGAUCAUGCAGCUGGUGGCUGGGCUACAAUUAAACUCAGACGAGAUCGAAAGACGCGAAAUACCACCACAUAUGAUGAGAGGGCGACAUGCGCCAAGAUAACAUCGUGCCAACGCUGGCAGUGCCAUCUUAACAAAUCGUUUUGUCCCGACGAACAGGCUAAACAUUGUUCGACAGUACAUAAACAUACAUACGAUAUUAAAUAUUGUAACUAACAAGUUAUUGGAAAAUGUUAGUCAUACGAGGUUAAAGAAUUAAGUCCUGUACGAGUCAAUACUGUAUCUAAAUAAUUUAUAACAAAAAAUUCGAUGUUUUUGUACGGCUGCGUUCGUUUUUAUUGAUUUUUAUACAUGAAAAUUUUGAAAAAGCGCAUAUUACUUAUGUACCUUUGUUGAAAGUCCGGUAUAAAAUAUAUGUACACACUGUUUGCGUUAAUAACAACAAUAUAAUAAUACAUUGAUACACCGCAAAAAGUUUAUAUACAGAUAACGCUAUAAGUAUAUUUUCUUUAAAAGGAUAUAUGGUAAUUUCAUUUAUUAUAUAAUAUCAUAAAAUACCAGUUAGGACAACUUUGUUAUCGAAUAUUGUUUAUCUUCAGUAAACGAGUGUAUCUGGCAAAAUAAAUAUUGCCAAUAUUGAUCUGAAAUGAAUUUCUGAAAACCAUUGUACAAUUUUAUGGAGUAACAUAAUUAAAUUUUUCCAUUGUCAUGGUGUUAUAAUAAAAACCUGCUCGUGUAAUCUGGAUCUGUAGUAGUAUUAAAUUAAAAAAUGCCAAGAACAUAGUAUUAUUCAAAUAGCAAUGUCAAAUUCUUUUGAAUAUUUGAAAGAAAUCCGAUAAAAAGUUAAGAGGGAUUGUAGUAAAACAAUUGAAAAUCGGUAGAAAAAUUACUUAUUCUUAUGUUGAUAUUUAGAAAGUGCCAAACGGUACUUCGUAUAGCGAGAGGCCCUUUGUAUUAUGGUUAUGACUCAUAAACCUAUGUAUUGAUUGCUUUGUAAACACCUUUGUUCUCUUAGAAAUCUACAAUUUGGAAAAUAAUUGGAAUUUAAAAAAUAUUCAUAAUAUGAUCAAAAACUAUGCUUUAUUAAUUUAUUAGCUAAAGGUUGAACAUCAUUAUAUUAAAAUUUAAGUUUCGCAUGUUAAAACACCUAAACAUCAACUUACAACGACAAAAAUUUUCCUUUCAUCCAAUCCAAUCAUCAUUUUCAAAAAAAAUAUGCACUCUAACUUUAUUUAACUUUUAAUGAAUACAGUUGUAAAAUGUUAUUUCUUCAACGAACUUUGUAUUUACUUCACAGAAAUGUUGCAAUUUACCAUUCACUUAUUUUUACAUAAUACACCUAAGAGGGUACACGACUGAUCAUGGAGCUCCAAGCUAAAACAAAACAACCAAAGAUGUUAUAUCAAACUGCAUCUAAAUAUUACUUAUAAAAAAAUUCAGCAGGUUUAUAUUUAAUGCUCUAGUAUUUAAAACCACCCGUGUCUAGGAACUUGCCUCAGAAAAUAAGGUACAGAACAUCUUACUUACAGGGACCGUAGACAAAAAAAAACUUUGCAAAUGGCGUGCUCAAUCGGAUUAGUGAUUGUAUUUUUGUUGCCAGAUGUGAAAUAAUAUAUCUCCUUACUGUGUUAAUACGAUAGCGUCAAGAUUGUUGCAAACUACUUUCGGUCGAAGGACAUGAAAAGGGAUAUGAAAAUGUUAAACGAUGUGCAAUGGCAUAUGACGUUUCCUUGAGAUGUGUCGAUGUUAUAAACCUGCAGUUCGUGCAGUUUUCUACUUGAGAAAUUCCAACUUAGGCAUUGUGAAUGAACAUAAUACCCUUAAAUAUAUUCGAUUAUGUAUUAGCAUUACUAAUAAUAUAAGUUGUACCUAAUAUUUACUACAUUGUAACCUCAUUUAAAUAGAAUCCAAAACUGUACAUAAGCAUUGUACAAAUAAUAAGAAUGUAUGUAACAAAUAAUAUUUAUAUUUGCAUUUGUUAUAUCAGUUACAACACGUUAAUAAUUAUAAAUAAUUGUAAGUAUGAAUUCUGGUGGCAUGUAAAUAAUGCAUGUAGGCUAUGAGUGCCAUUAAAGUUAUUGAUUUCUUUCAUACAUCGAAUAUUACCUGUAUUAAGUAUAAGGUGAAGUGUGUACAGAAAUUAAGAUAAUGUAAGUUUUGUUUAUUUUAGAUAAUGAUGUAUUGAAUGUAUGCUUAAUUUCACAUUGAAUUAUAGGUUAUUAUAAUAA